CGCAAUGACGUCAGGGCCCGGAAGUUAAGGAAAACAGGUUGGAGCGGUCGUCGUCAGCGCUAGACGUAACCCUUAAAGCAGAAAGUCGCUUUCUGUGGUUCUUGGUUCGGGCGUUGCUUGCCGGUGGAAAACGUUGGUGGUUACGGUUCAGGUGGCAGACAUGCACUGCGAUUAUUGAGGCAGUUUGCGCCAGCAAAGUGAAAUGCUGAAUAUUUUUGGAAUUCGAAAGAACACCGAGUCAUCCAAGAACACCACAAUCCUUGAGAAAGAAGUAGAUGGAUUUAUUAUUGUAGGAGAAACAGCAAAUGAAAAGGAAACGUUGCAGGCUCGUGAGCCAGGAAAUCAAGCAACAAGUGCAUGCUACCAAGAAAGUCAGGGUCAAACAGCAAAUUUAUAUCCAGUAUAUACAGAUGAAACAUCAACUGCUGACCAGAUGAACCAAACAGUCAAGGGUUUUCAUCUAAAUGUGGAUCUCCUCAGUGAUGUGCCUUUUACUCUCGCCCCUCAUAUUCUAGCAGUUCAUGGGAGUUUUCAAGACCUUCCAACCAACUUACUGAAGAACAUGAAUGAAAACUUGGCAAGAUUUGGAUAUGAUUUUACUCUUGAAAAUUCUGUACUUAGUAAUUCCUAAAAGAUGAAUGUUGCUAUGUUGACUGAAGUAUGUGCCAUCCUAAAUAUUGAAGUAAAACAUCAUUGUUGAUGUGUUUUUUUAAAUUUGCUAUAUUAAUUAUGUCUUGUGAUUCAUCUGGAACACUGCAAAUGCUUGCAUGAAAAUCUUAAAACUUUCUGACUUAAUUUCCUUGGGAAAUAACCUCGCUGAUCACAAGUACAAGACAGUUAUCCUGCACACUUUCCUUAAGAUUGGAAGCAUAGUCUCUGGGGAGGGGCAAGUACAAGUAUUGGGGAAGGGGAAAUGCAAAUGGCCCUGCUGAAAAUGCUGUCAGGAUGAUACCUUUUUGUGCUAACGUUGAUUUUGUAAACCAGGCCAUUGUACUGGAAAUUCCCAUCUCUACCAGUAGGGUGCCUCAGAGACUUGAAUCUUGCCCCUUACACAGGAGUCUAUCUAAAUAUUUUUUACAAAUAAAGAUGAUGGUCUUUGGAAGAUAGCUUCACUGAGAUAGAUUUCCACCUCUUAUGUGUUUUGACAUGUAGAAAAAAUAGUGAAUUGUGAGAUGACAAAGGAAAUCAAAUUAUUAACUAUUAGUCAUUGUCAUGUACUAAAUUAUAUUAUACACAUUUGUAAGAAAGUGCGUAUUUUUCGGCAACUUUUCACUUGUCCUUUUAUUGGUUUGUCAAUUUAUGUGGUUGUCUAAUAGUCCAGAAUAAUUAAUCCAAUUAACUAGAAAAAAAAUAGAUCCUCCAUUUUGUCGCCAUCUAAACACAAAUUUGCAACAGUGGUGGUGGAUGUUAAUUUUAAAUUUAAAAGGAAUACACAUGCUUUUGCAGCAGUUGAAUGUACAUUGUAACCAUAUUACACAGAAUCUAAAUGUAGUUUCACAUGAAAUUUUGGUGUCCUAAUAAAAUGUCUCUUUAUUAAAAUGGAAUGUUUUUACCUUUUCACAUGGUCUUUAUAAUGG